GUUAUCUUCUGGGUUUGUAACACGGAGCAAGAUUACGAAAUGGCCUACGAUGUUGGUGCUUUGGGUGUGAUGACAGACUAUCCAAAACGGCUACUUUCCUUCCUCGAUCGGAACCCGAUGUUGGCCGUCAACCGAUCCAAAUAUCAGCCCAAUGGACUGCACACUACACCGUCCAAACAACGAAAGCAGACCGGAAGGCAUGUAAAUGACACCAUGCUAACGCAAUUCGCUGUGUUGCGAUCCAAAAGACCCAUUUGUCGAACUUCGGCUUCGACCACACUAGCACACACGGGUGGGGAUCUGCACAUGAUGCGUGAUUAA